AUGGCUUUGACUCCUCAAGACGAACAGCUACGACUGCAGCAGCUGAGGGAUCUGAGGAGAAAAUGGCUGAAAGAUCAGGAGCUAAGUCCUCGGGAGCCCGUCCUGCCCCCCAAGAAACAGGGUCCAGUGGCGAGAUUCUGGGACAACUUCCUGCGGGAGAAGAGCCUCUGGAGGACCUAUGUAUGUGACUAG